AUGGAUGAUCUUCCGUUGUCGAUUCUCGCCGAGAUUCUGAAGAGGAUCGGCGAUACUGGGGACAGGAACUCCGCGUCCCUCGUCUGUAAACGAUUCCACUCGGCCGAGGGGGACCAAAGAGGAUCCCUACGAGUCGGCUGCGGGCUCCACCCGGCGACCGAAGCAUUGAAUCUGCUCUGCAUACGCUUCCCAAGUCUGCGGAGUCUGGAAAUCAGCUACUCCGGUUGGAUAUCCAAUCUGGGGAAGCAAUUGGACGACAAUGGCCUGCUCGUCCUCGCCUCUCGCUGCCCCUGUCUAGAGGACCUAACCCUAAGCUUCUGCUCCUUCAUCACGGACUCAGGGCUAGGUCACCUGUCCUCCUGUGGGAAUCUCAGAUCCCUGAAGCUGAAUUUCGCCCCCUCCACCAGCUCCAACGGGUUGCUGUCUGUCGUCGUCGGCUGCAAGAAUCUCUCCAAGCUCCACCUCUUGCGAUGCAUGAAGGUGAGGAGCUCAGAGUGGCUGGAGUACCUCGGCAAGUUUGGGGUUCUGGAGGACCUCACGGUGAAGAACUGCAAGGCCAUCGGCGAGGCCGAGGUGAUGAGAUUAGGGUUUGGUUGGCGCAUACUCCGGCGCCUGGAGCUCGAGAUCGAUUCGAGCUACCGAGACUUCAAGGCCCACCAUCGAUCCUCGGCCUCUGGAGAUUUCCCUCGUCAGCAUCCUCCCUGCGACGCUCUGGAGGAACUCCGCUUGGUGAACUGCAUAUUUGCGCAGGGAGGGCUCUCCUCCGUGCUGGGGAGCUGCCGGAGGUUGAAGAAGCUCUCCUUGGACAGGUGCUACAGCCUGAGGAACUCCGACAUGAUCUCCAUGGCUCUCAACUCCGGCAACCUGAGAAGCAUCUCCCUCCGGCUUCCGUCUCACUUCGUCGAGCCCGGAACGGUCAACAUCUACCCAUCUCAGAUGACUGACGAGAGCCUGAGAGCAUUGGCCCACCAUUGCCUAUCGCUCGAAGAGGUCGAUGUAUGUUUCUCGGACCUUGACUCCCCCUCCGCCCCGUGCUGCUUCUCCCUGAGCGGCCUUCUCGCCGUCCUCCAUUGCUGCCCGGUCCGCUCUCUGGUGCUCGAACGGGCUCAUAUCUUCGGCGACGUGGGGAUGGAGGCUCUGUGUUCUUCUUCUUCUUCUUCCUCCUCUCUGGAGAAGCUGGAGCUCAUCAGAUGCCAGGAGGUCAGCGACGAGGGCUUGCGGCUGCUGGCGGUCUUCCCUCGCCUGAACUGCGUGACUCUCCGCAAGUGCUUGGGCGUUACGGACUACGGGCUUCAGCCACUUCUGGGUCUGAAGAAACUGGAGACUUUAAUGGUGGAGGACUGCCCUCGGAUCUCCGAGAAGGCUGUGCGAGCGGCUGCCAGGUCUGCAUCUUACGCCCAGGACCUGUCAUGGCUAUAG